CAGAACUUUAUUGAAGACCUUGAAAAUAAGCUGUACUAUGGGACGUAAUUGGCGGUAUGAUCUACAAGAUUUUCUUCACUCUUACCGAGCAACACCUCACAGCAUAACAAAGUUUUCACCGUCGGAAUUGAUGUUUGGGUGGAACGUUCGGGAUAAAAUACCAGGAAACUCAAGACCAGUCAAUGCAACUGAAGCAAGAGAAAACGAUAGGAAGGCGAAAGAAAAAGGAAGAAUGUAUGCGGAUUCAAAAAGGAGAGCUAAGCAAUGCAAUAUCGAUGUUGGAGAUUAUGUGAUUGUGAAAAAUUUUGUCAAGAAAAAUAAGCUAACAACCACUUUCAACCCCGAACCUCAUCUUGUGAUACAACGCGACGGAUCACGGCUCCACUUGAAGAACAUUAAAAGCAGUGUGAUCUCCAAUCGACACGUGAACCACUCCAAACGAAUCCUAAAUGCGAAUCCCAUGAUGAAACAGGAGAAUGACGCAGAUAAUCAUAAAAUCUCUGAGGGCACACAAGAAGAAGAUGACAACCCUCUACCAGCCAAACUACUACGGAACCUCAGAUGGUCUCACGAUGCGAUGGUCGAAAACGCCCUUUUGAGACUAGCCGAGCUACCAGCAAGCGCUCGAAACAUGUACCUAAAUACUUAG